AGCGCACAGGCCGGCGGACGGUGGCCGACGAGGUCCGGCAUGGAGCACGUAGAGCGCUGCGCGUGGUUCCUCAGGGGGACGCUGGUGCGGGUGGCCGUGCGGCGCUACCUGCCCUGGGCGCUGGUGGCCUCCAUGCUGGCGGGCUCCCUUCUCAAGGAGCUCUCCCCGCUGCCCGAGAGCUACCUCAGCAACAAGCGCAACGUCCUCAACGUGUAUUUUGUCAAAGUGGCCUGGGGCUGGACCGUCUGCCUCCUCCUGCCUUUCAUUGCCCUCACCAACUAUCACCUGACAGGCAAGGCUGGCCUGGUCCUGCGGCGGUUGAGCACCCUGCUUGUGGGCACGGCCAUCUGGUACGUCUGCACCGUCAUCUUCUCCAGUGUGGAACACUACACGGGCAGCUGCUACCAGUCCCCAGCCCUGGAAGGGAUCCGAAAGGAGCACCAGAAUAAGCAGCAGUGCCACCGGGAAGGGGGCUUUUGGCAUGGCUUUGACAUCUCAGGCCACUCCUUCCUGCUGACCUUCUGUGCCCUCAUGAUUGUGGAGGAGAUGGCUGUGCUGCAUGAGGUGAAGACGGACCGAAGCCACUGCCUCCACACCGCCAUCACCACCCUGGUCGUCGCCCUGGGCUUCCUGACCUUCAUUUGGGUGUGGAUGUUCCUGUGCACUGCCGUUUAUUUCCACAACCUGUCCCAGAAAGUGUUUGGCACCCUGUUCGGUGUGCUGGGCUGGUACGGGACAUACGGGUCUUGGUAUCUGAAAUCUUUUUCCCCAGGACUUCCUCCCCAGACCACUAGUUUGAAUUUGAAGCAAGACAGUUAUAAGAAAUAAAAGAGAAACAAAAGGAGUGACAGCAGGACAAUGGAAGCAACAGACUUAUAGAAAACUGAGAUGGCCACCUGGGAGACACUGCAAUGUUGGGAUGCUGUCUACAGGAUACAUCAUAUACUUUGUACCAACCAUAGUGCUGUUUCUCCACAUGCAGAAAACAUGGAUCCAGCAAUGCUGAGGUGGAAAUGGGAGGGACUACUUCCACUAUUGCACAAAACCCAUUCACAAAAAUGUUGCUUUCCAUCCCUAAAACUUUGGACCUUGAUGGCUAGAUAUUAUAGUUCUCAAGGAAGGAAUGCUUCUAUUAAGGAAAACAUUGAUUGCCACUCAGCCAUUUUGAGCUCCUCAUACCAUUGCAACCAAAGGCAAAGAAGUAGGUUACUCUACUGGCUGCAUGAUUGGUCUGAUCACCAAGAGUAAAUUGGAUUGCUGCUUCAGUGGUGGCAUGGAAGACUAUACGGGAACUAGAGGAUUCUCUGGGUGCCCCGUUCUACUUCCACAUCCAACAGUAAAAGAUUAAUAGAAGACUACAACAGCCCAAGUCUGAAUCAUUUCACCAGUAAAAUACCCCAAAUAUGAGGUCCUGGCUGUGGGCAAAACAAACAGACAAACACACACACACAUAGAAUAGCUAGUGGAAAAAAAGAGAAAUUAUAAAUAUCAACAAUGGCCUUAGGAUCAAUUACAGAAAUGAGGGCUGAAGCAACUAUGAGUGUUUUCUUUCCUGCUUGUCAUAUAUGUGCAUAUAUUGCAUAUAAGGAUUACUGGUGAUGGCUAAAUUGAUGUUUUAAUCUAUAUAUUACAGUAUAUUGAGGUGUGCCUCUAUAGGUGAUCUCUAGGACUAGAGGUGGACCAAAAAGAGACUCCGACAUCAUCCAGAGUGAUGUUACUGACCUGUGGGGCUUUGUGGGUCUCAUUUUUAGAGAAGUUGUAUCCUCAUUUCAGGAGAGCAUUGGUCCCGUUAGGAUUAAGCAUGAUGUUAUUGUCCAUGAGUGGAGUUCAAUUAUGAGUGGGAGGGUCUGUGUGGAUGUUUAAGUAGCCAAGGGGUGGACAGCGUUAGAUAAUGCCUCUAGUAUCUAAGUGCUUGCCCUGUCUUGGCCCUGGCUAUUCUUUUCUUUUCAUCUUGUUGGAAAAAGUUCAUAUAUGUUUUAAUAAAAUAAAUAAAACUAUGCCUUAUGUUCUACAAA